AUGGAAUACACUGGAGGCAGUUCGGUGUUCGGGGAUUUAAGCGCAAAGCCCGUCCCAGAGCUCGGUGAAUAUGUUAUUGCACACCGUAAAGAUAUUCAAAAGGCUGGAGGAAGCGACGAUGAAAUCAACCGGCUGUUGACGGCAAUCAAACUUGCAGCCAAAGUUGUAAACAGAGAAAUCAACAAGGCCGGGCUGACAGACAUUUUGGGUUCAGCGUCGAAUAUUAAUAUUCAAGGGGAGACCCAACAAAAACUGGAUGUGCUUGCUAACGUGAAGUUCAUGCAGGCCUUGAGAAAUCGAGAAGUCGUCUGUGGCAUUUGUUCUGAAGAGGAUGAUGACUUCAUCCCAGUCAAUCCUAAUGCUUCAUAUGUCGUUCUGAUGGACCCUUUGGAUGGCUCAUCGAAUAUUGAUGUUAAUGCUGCUGUUGGUACAAUCUUCUCCGUUUACAAACGUGUCAGCCCUGUCGGAUCUCCCGUCGAGUUGGAAGACUUCUUACAACCAGGGCGGAACCAGAUAGUGGCCGGAUACGUUGUUUAUGGAAGUUCCACCAUCAUGGUCGUGUCGUUCGGAAAGGGUGUUCACGGGUUCACUUUGGAGCCAUCCUUGGGAACCUUCUUCCUCUCCCACCCCAACAUGAAAUUUCCGACUACAGAAAAAAUAUAUAGUGUGAAUCAAGGCAAUUUUUUGAGUUUUCCAGAGGCGUAUCAGAAAUACAUUCAUUGGUGCUCCGAGGAACCCAAUGAACGGCCGUACAGUUUGCGAUACAUCGGGAGUCUCAUCGCAGAUUUCCAUCGAAAUCUUCUGAAGGGUGGAAUAUUCUUGUACCCUCCGACAAUGAAGGACCCCAAUGGAAAGCUGCGUCUUUUAUAUGAGUGCAAUCCGAUUGCAUUUCUAGCUGAACAUGCAGACGGGAAAGCGACGAGCGGCACCACUCCUAUCCUUGAUAUCAAACCCACAAAACUGCAUCAGCGGGGUUCAUACGUCGUUAGAGCCUCUCGGCCUGAAGACUCAGCUGUUACUGUAGAAGGUUAA